ACAAGCAGGCGUUGGUGGGGAGGGGGGGGCGCAAGCAGCAGCAGCUUCGGCAGCCCCAGCCCUCCGAGGGAGAGACAGCAGUAAGGGAGGGAGGGAGAGAUCGGGGGAACACCCCCCCCUCCCACCAUUCUCACCACUAUGGGUCCGGCCCCCCACUCCCACAGCCCCUCCACCAGCCGGGGCUAGGACACCCCCAAACCCUGAGGGCCCCCUGGCACCGACUCCCCACCAGAGACAGAGACACAGCCGCCACCACCGCUGCCGCAGCCUGGCUGGGGAGGGGGCCGGCCCCCUAGGCCCCCUACCCCACUGAGGUGGCCAGCAUGGAGCUGUGGCCAGGGCCAUGGGCAAUGCUGCUGCUCUUUCUGCUGCUGCUUUUGCUGCUGGUACCUGUGCUCUGGGGUUACAGCGCCAGUGCCAAGUACUUCUGCAAGAUGGCAUUCUACAACGGCUGGAUCCUCUUCCUGGCAGUGCUGGCCAUCCCUGUGUGUGCCCUUCGAGGGCGAAACGUGGAGAACAUGAAGAUCCUUCGGCUGAUGCUGCUGCACAUCAAGUACCUAUACGGGAUCCGGCUGGAGGUUCGAGGGACCCAUCACUUUCCCCCCUCCCAGCCCUAUGUUGUUGUCUCCAACCACCAGAGCUCCCUCGACCUACUAGGAAUGAUGGAGGUGCUCCCAGGUCGUUGUGUACCCAUUGCCAAGCGGGAACUGCUAUGGGCAGGGCCAGCAGGUCUAGCAUGCUGGCUGGCUGGAGUCAUCUUCAUUGACCGGAAACGUACUGGGGAUGCAAUCAGUGUCAUGGCUGAGGCUGCGCAGACCCUGCUCAGCCAGAAUGUCCGAGUUUGGGUUUUCCCUGAGGGUACCAGGAACCACAAUGGCUCUAUGCUUCCCUUCAAACGUGGCGCCUUCCACCUUGCUGUUCAGGCCCAGGUCCCCAUUAUUCCUAUUGUCAUGUCCUCCUACAAAGACUUCUACUGCAAGAAAGAACGGCGCUUCACCUCGGGGACAUGUCAGGUACGGGUGCUGCCCCCCGUGGCCACAGAAGGGCUGACCCCAGACAACGUGCCCGACCUCGCUGACAGAAUCCGCCACUCCAUGCUCACAGUUUUCCAGGAGAUCUCUACUGACGGCCGGGGAGGGGGUGACUAUCUAAAGAAGCCUGGUGGGGCUGGUGAGGCCGGCCUCUGAGCCUUCCUCCUACCACUCCUUCACAUCCCCUCUCCCUCAACCCAGUGGUCCCUGGACUGGGCCUGACUCCCCUCUUCACUUCUCCCAUCCCAUUUCUCCAUUGUGGUACAGCCAAGCCUCUCCUCACCCCACUAAUUCUCUACUCUAAAUCUUCAGCUUCUGAAGUGGACAUGGACAAAGCGCUUUUCCUCCACCCCUCUCCCCCUUCCCAAACCCUACUCUGUGGACUUUACCGUCUUGGUGCAGCCUACACACUCCCUCCAUGCCUCCCAUCUUGUCUGUGGAACAUUCUGCUCUCCUCUCUGUCUCCUGAGUGGUAUGUUCCACUGGGCAUCGACCACUCCCACCCCAUAGUGGACACUAAGUGGACGCUUCCUCUGUGGCUUUCCUCCCCACCCUGAUUUGUGGACUCAUCCACCUCUAUGGAAGCACUCCGUGCUCUCUCCCCUACCCCCCUCCCAACUCUGUGGAUGCAAAUGGACUCAUCCAACUGGGGGGGUGGGGUGGGGAGGACCCAUCUCGGGAAUGGAAGUAGACCCAACCAGCUGCUCUUUGCAAUCUUUCUCUCCAGUCUGCAGCCCAGCCCAGCUUCUCUUUCCUCCCCACUCACCCCAAUGGAUAUAUGUGGAGUCUUCUUUCUAGGGACUUGGACCUUUCCCUUUCCUUGGUACGGUCCGUUUAAUCUGCCUUAUCCUUACUCAUCCCGGCCCAUUCUUUCCUGUGACAUACUGACCCACACACAAACUGGUCUCCACAGAAUUCCCUCUUCUUUCCCACCCCAGUCCUCCUCCUCCACCUUCUCCCCUUAGCCAGUGGGUGGUACACUCCAAUGGUAGUACACUCUUAAAUUCCCCUGGAGUAGCGGGAGACCGGCCCAACCCAGCCCUGUCCCAGCACAGUCCCUAGGCCUCAGGCUGUACCAUUAGGCCCAGACACCAGGGAAGGGUGGAGUUACAGGUGCUGCAUUAAUUUCUUACUCCUGGAGGUGGGGUAAGAAGAACUGAGAGCUGGUUAGAGGAGGCUGGAGUAGGUUUAAUUUAUUUUUCUUUCCUUUUGCUGCUGGGGAGCUGCCCUUCCCACACCUCCCUGCGUCUAGAUUGGCAGCCAAACGCUCUCAGUGUUAAAAGUCCAAAGGGAGGGGGAGGAUCACCCCCAGCGCCUUGGGGAAGCGGGAGUCUGUUUACAAAAAGGGGUAGAGAGACCCAGCCAAACCUAGGCUUCCUUGCCUCAUCUCCAGCCUAGUAGAGGAUCCCAGCCUUAAGUAGCACAUCCCCAUCGGGGUGGGAGGGGCCAAGAGAAUCCCAUUCUUCUCUUGGGGGAAGCCACAGUCCUGCUGACACCCUUUCCCCAACCUGAGGAGCAUUAAUGAAAGGGUGGGGCAUUGGGGAAAGAAGGGCUAUUUGAUGCUGCCGCUCUCCUCCCCCCCCCCAACCCAGGCCAGUGUGACCCGGGGAGGUGAGGGGACUCCCCGGGAUUUUCUUUCUCCCAACCAGUUCUGCUUUUCCUCCCAAGGCAUUAGCUGGGCCUCCGUAUUCCAGUCCU